AUAGGUAGUAGCCGACACUCCAAACUUCAUAAAAUUUAAUAAUUUCAUUAAUUUUCAGGUUAGCAUUCUGAUCGUAUUUAGUAGGUCUAAAAUAUUUAGGUAAUUUUUUUUUUCUAAUCUUAAAAAUUUCGUAUAAUGGGUUGCUGUCGACUGCAAUUUUGUUUUUGCGGAUUCGAACUUAAAGUUGGAAUCUGGACUCUUGCCAUACUAGAAAUUCUUCUAGGCUCUUGCUAUGUGAUUGUCGAGGCCAGUGGAUCUUUAAAUAAUGUCGAUUGGAUAAAAAGGUGGUUGCAUAUGUUGAUCUAUAUUAUCGCUACAUUGUCAGUGAUUGGUGGUUUCGUAUUAAUAAUUGGAAUUGCAAGAAAAAAUCAUGUGCUACUUAUAGCGGGUACACUUCUAGGAUAUCCAGUAGCUAUUUUUAAUGUUAUCGCCUUAAUCUGGCAGAUUUAUUUUUCAAUUGUCCUUUGUUCAUUCUUGGAACAAAUUGGAUAAUAUAUGAAUCAUUCAAUCCUGAACUGCUAAAUAAUUUGGGUCAACGGAUCAACAGGAAGAACUUUUAGAAAUGCCCUUUAAACCGUUUCGUAGCAUGCAAUUAUUAGUAUUGAGUAAAGAAGACUUGUCAAGAUUAAAUCUAAAUAAUGUAAAUAA